AUGGUCCUACACAAUCCAAACAACUGGCAUUGGGUGAACAAGGACGUCUCCACAUGGGCGCAAGAUUAUCUCAGCGAACACCUUGUCGGCAUCAAGGCCAGCCAGGAUGACGGAACGAGCGCAGAGAUCAGCAGGCUGAUGAGCAUGGACGGCGACGUCGAUGUCUCGCAGCGGAAAGGGAAGGUGAUCACAAUCUUCGAUGUGCGGCUACAGCUCGAAUGGACCGGCAAGGUGCCCGCGAAGGGUGAGGCUGAGGGUCAAGAGAAUGACACGAAGGAUGUGAGCGGAACAAUCACCAUCCCAGAAGUCGCACAUGACACGGAGGAAGAUGAGUACGUCUUCGAAGUGGAAGUCUACAGCUCCGAUCUGAGUAAGGAGCCGGUCAAGCAACUUGUUCGCAAGGAUAUCACUCCGCAAAUCCGGAAGACGCUCGCCAAGCUUGCCCCGGCGCUGAUAUCGGAACACGGUAAAGAUAUCCAACAUGCACCGGGCAGCAAUCCGUCGUCCGGCUUCAGCACCCCGCGCGUAUUGCAGAGCUCGUCAGUCGCCAAGCAAGGUGAUAACCCGGCUUCAUCAAGCGCGACUGCCACUUCCAGCAAUGCAAACGGGUCAAGGGUCAACGUCACAUCGCUCUCGGAUCAGCAGGAGUUUCGAACGACCGCAGAGCAGCUGUUUGAGACAUUUACAGAUCCACAGCGAAUCGCCGCCUUCACUCGAGCGCCGCCGAAGCUGUUCGAAGGGGCAAAGGAGGGCGGCCGCUUCGAAAUCUUCGGCGGAAACGUUUCAGGUUCGUAUGUAAAGCUUGAGCGGCCAAGCUACAUUGAGCAGAAGUGGCGGUUAGCACAGUGGCCUCAGGGACACUACAGCACCCUGAAGAUCAAAUUCGAGCAAAAUGACGUUGAUGCCGUGACUGUGAUGAGGGUUGACUGGGAAGGUGUGCCUGUGGGUUCCGAGAUCGAUACGAGGCGAAACUGGGACGAUUACUAUGUGCGGUCGAUCAAGACAACGUUCGGCUUUGGCACCAUUCUCUGA